UCACCGAUUGCGCGCGCACUCCGCAGCUGAGAGACGCACACCGCAUCGUGUCUUAUUCAUAGAACUAGGAUAUUUACUACGCAUCCAAAUAGAAAAAUAACCUAAAUGGGUCGUUAUAAUAUCGCUUUAAUUGAUAUAUGCAUACAGUCAGAUUGCGCAAAUGCAGCAUUAAAGUCAACUCCAGCAAUGGAGACUGAGCGCGCAUCUGUUCCUCUGAGGACCGAACGAUGCGCUUCACCCUUCAGACGGUAAACACGCACGGCUGUGCCUCAAUGUGUCCUCUUUAAGGCAAAAGCGACUCUUUUUGGGAAGGAUGAGGUACUCAGACCCGACAGCUAGUCGAGAUUUGUUAGGAAACAGAUCGCUUUGUUUUAUUUUCAUAUGCGCGUUUGGACUGGUCACGUUACUGCAGCAAAUCCUGUAUGGCAAGAACUAUAUUAAAAGUGGGCAACAGUUUUCCCGCCUCAAAGGAGAGGAGGUGGGCAACUGGAGCGGGCUCAUUAGUUACCCUGAUGAUGGAGGGAUGAAGCCGGCAAGAAAUGGGAGGAAAAGAUGUGUCCGUCACAAUUUUCAGCACUCCGAGGCUCAGAGCUCCGUAGUUAUCACACCCUGCCUAGCCGAUAUUCAGAAGAAAAAAAAAGAAAAGAGAAGGUAUCUUGAACGCUCCGACGGUUCUUUGGAGUUUAAUUCCACUUCCUGUAAGGAACUACGGCAAGAAAUCACAGAUGUGAAAGUACUGACCAUGGUGAAGACAUCAGAAUUGUUUGAAAGAUGGAGGAACCUACAGGCAUGUAAGUGGAACCAAAAUAAGGAGGAGGCAGACAACUUUAAGAUGUCUCUGUCACGCUGCUGCAAUGCCCCCUCCUUCCUGUUUACCACAAAGAGAAACACACCCUCAGGGACUAAACUGCGAUAUGAGGUUGAUACAAGUGGAAUCUUACACGUCAGCCCCGAGAUUUUUAAAAUGUUCCCCAAUGAUAUGCCCUAUUCCAAAUCCCAGUUCAAGAAAUGUGCCGUGAUUGGGAAUGGAGGUAUCAUCAAAAACAGUAAAUGUGGACGAGAGAUCGAUGCUGCUGACUUUGUCUUCCGAUGUAAUAUUCCUCCCAUCUCAGAUAUGUACAGAGAAGAUGUGGGAUCCAAGACUGAUCUUGUAACCAUUAAUCCCAGCAUUAUUACUGAGCGGUUUCAAAAGUUGGAGAAAUGGAGGAAGCCAUUUUAUGCCGUUCUCCAGAAUUACGAGAACUCGUCUGUGGUUUUGCCCGCGUUCUACAACACCCGGAACACGGAUGUGUCGUUCCGCGUCAAAUACAUGCUCGAUGACUUUGAGUCCGCCCGCGGCGUUUACUUCUUCCACCCGCAGUACCUGCUGAACGUACAGCGUUACUGGGCCGUGCAGGGCGUGCGCGCCAAACGCCUCAGCAGCGGUCUGAUGCUGGUUACCGCGGCGAUGGAAUUAUGCGAAGAAGUGCACCUCUACGGCUUUUGGGCGUUUCCCAUGAAUCCCUUGGGAAUCUUCAUAACGCACCAUUACUAUGACAACAUCAAGCCCCGCCCUGGAUUCCACGCCAUGCCGUAUGAGAUCUUUAAUUUUAUGCACAUGCACGCUCGCGGCAUCUUGCGCGUGCACACUGGCCCUUGCAGGUGAAAUGGCGAAGCUUGGGUGACUUGCAAUCGGAUUGGUCUGUUUUGUAGAACACCUCUCAUGUACUGGCGCUGUGGAUCUCGGAUGUUACGUAGGUGAGCGCGUGCAAAUCGCUCCCUCAAAGGCCGGACGUUUCAAUACUACGUGUUUUUACUACAUUGUGUCGGGACAUUGGCAAAACGGUACUUGUCUCCUGUUUGGUGAUUUUCUGUAAUGUUGUCGUAUUUGUGUAUGAAAUCAGAUGUCACAUCAAACAAUUUGAGAGUGUCUUUUUUAAUAUCUACAAAGUCUUAACCUGGUGGGACGCAAUAAAGCGACAAGCGAUAAAUCAAAUCUCUUCCAUGUAAAUCUGAGUUUAGGCCAUUUUGUUGGUUGUUUGGGUCCAAUUUAUGUGGUGUUGCGCUGGGUAGCCCCGCCCAUAGUUAAAUCUCAUUGGUCCAAAAUCACUCCCCCCAAUAUAUUCUGAUUGGCUACGAUUGUGGAGUGUACAGUGUUGGGCGUAAUUUGAAUACAAAAGUAAUUAGUUACUGUAAUCCUACUACUUUUAUAGUCAAAAAUUUGUGCAAUUCUUGUAAUCAGAUUACAGUUACUGACUUUCAAUGAAGUUAUUUACUGUUGAUUACUUGGGUUACACAUACAGUAUCUCUAAAAUAAUAUUAUUUGUUUAGAACACAUUUCAAACUUUAAUUAUGUUCAUAUGUAUGUCUGUUUGUGUUUCUGUGACAGCUGAAGCGACAGCAACAAUUAACAAGGACAUAAAUAAAUAAAUAAAUAAAACAUAAUUUUCAGUUUAUUGAGUGGAAAACCCAAAAACCUUCCAGUGAAAAGUGUUUUAGAAAGUAAUUUAAAAGUAAAGUAAUUAGUAAUGUGAUUACCAUUUCCACAGAGUAAUCAUUAAAGUAAUCUGAUUACUAAUUUUGGGGUAACUUUCCCAGCGCUGGUGGCGAAACGCAGACUUUUCACUUUCAGUGUUGCGUCGCUCCAGGUUAUGACACUGUGUUAGGCUUUAUAGCUCCUUAUAACAGUCAUAACAACAUUUUAAGGACAAGUAAAACAUUAAUUAAUAACUACAACAGUGCAUAACAUAGACUUAAGGCUUGACAUGAGGUUGAACAUCUCAGUUUUAUAUGUCUGAUCAGUUAAAACGUUUCCGUGUAUGCUUGUUCUUGUUUAAUGCACAGGUUCUGAAGUCAUCAUCAUUUAAAAAGGAAGCACAACUGUUUAUGCUAAAGGAAUGUUUUGACAGUAUAUUGGUGUUCUCUCUCACAUGCAACAUAUAUACCAACUCACAUACACACAUCCGUUCCUGUACACACUAUAUGUGACUGAGGUUUUAGUGUCUUUUAAAUCGACUGAUCAUGUUUCUAUAGCGCAUAAACUUUAUAUACACCUAAUUUUUCAGGUUGCUUGUAUAUGAUAUUGUGAUAACAGUGGGACCUUAUCACUUUGCAAAGAAAUUGACUUUUUAAUAUCCACCGAGAUCCUGAUUAUAGAAACAUGGAAGACAUCAGGAGAUCCAUCCAUCAACGCAGAAUGGUAUGCCUCUCUCUCUCUCUCUCUCUCUCUCUCUCAAACAUAACCAGUGCUGAAGUCCCCCUCCUUUACCUGAACAAACACAGAAAAGGAUUUUGCUUUCAUAAAUACAGAACAGUGCAGUGAUUCUUACACUGUUGAGUUGGUGGAACCCAAUGUUGCAAUAGAAGACUCUAAAUAACAGUAUUUAAUCAGAAUUUAGAACCUUCUUUUCAAAUUUUGGAACUCUGGAAUGGAACUUCUGUGAUCUCACAGACUUCACAAAUGCUUUUAUUCAGUUAAUGCCUUUUAUAUUUGUUUGUUUGUUUGUGUUGUCCUUAAACUCUUUGAUUGGAUUUACAGUACCAUUUACCAUUAGCAGCUAGGUAAGUUAAAGGAGCAUACCACAAAAUGUUAAAAUGUUUUUCAUCUGCAAAAAAAAAAAAAGAAUAAUAAUAAUAAAAAACAAUACAGAAUUUUUGUUUUCUGAUAUGACGAAUGCUCUGGAAUGAUGCUUCAUUGGCCUGUUUGCAUUGCUAAAUGUCUU